AAACUAGAGGAGGUCCCCAACACGACAGGGCACAGUUAGGCUGAGGCUAGGGAAAUCCUUGAGAAUAAUGGAAGGAGAGUACGAUUUCUUGUUUAAAAUAGUUCUAAUAGGUGAUGCUGGUGUUGGUAAGACUAGUAUUGUUAGACGUUACACUGAUGGUGUCUUUACAUCUGCUGGCAUACCAACCAUUGGAGUCGAUUUCUGCAUCAAGACACUAAGCGUGAAUGGCAGUGCAAUAAAGUUACAAAUAUGGGAUACUGCUGGCCAAGAAAGGUUCAGGACAAUCACUCAGAGUUAUUACAGAAGUGCUGAUGCCAUUGUUCUUGUCUACGACAUCGGCUCUGCCACAACCUUUCGUAACCUUCCCGAGUGGCUCUCCGAGGUGGACAGGUACGCUGGAACAACGGUACACAAGAUCCUCAUCGGUAACAAGAGCGAUCGGACGGACAGAGAAAUACAGACUCAUCUCGGGAGCCAGUUUGCUCAAGAGAACGAUAUGCCUUUCCUAGAAACCUCGGCCAAGAGUGCCGACAAUAUUGACAAUCUUUUUGAACAGUUGGCAAAGACCCUAAGAGACACUCACAUGCAUAAAGGCAUCAAGCAGAAUACCGGGGGCGGGGCUCAGUCCUUGAAGUCGUCCACUGUUCAAGUACAGAGGCCCAGUCAGGAGAAGAGUGGAGGGGGAGGAGGUGGUGGUUGCUGCUGAUCGACUGUAUAGUCAUAGUUUCUCUGUGUCAUUGUGUUUUUAAUUGAUAGGGAAGAAUUAUUAAAAAAGAUAAUUCACUUGAAAUUAUUAUUAUUAUUAUUAUUAUUAUUAUUAUUAUUAUUAUUAUUAUUAUUAUUAUUAUUUACUGUAAUUCUUAAUUAUAGAGGGAACGAGAGAUAACAAAUUCAAUGUUAAAAUGAUGAUUAAAAAUAAUUGAAA